AUGAAGGGAGGCAAGAGGUUUGAAGAAAUUAGAGUACCUUUCCCAUUGGUCCUCAAGGUAUGUACGGAGCUCGAGUCAAAUCUAAGGUUGAGGGACAAGGUUUUGGGCCUAAUUCAUCACCGACAUUGGUCGGACUGUGAAAAACUCGAGGAUUUCGCCCGCCCAAUUGAAGCAGCACGGGGGGGCGUCCGUAAUGCCGACUAUUUCGUCCGUACGCUAAAGAGCGUGAAGGAGCUAGAGAGGGAAAUCGAGACGGAAACGAGUGAUGAUGAUAGGAGGAGAGGAGAAGGAAUGAUAGGCAUGGGUCCGACGAGCGAACUUGUAUCAGGUGUACAAGGUAGAGUGUCGACAGUUUGGAAAAGGGUUGGCUUUGUUCAGCUCAGUGUUAGGGGUAAAGAGGGUCUGGCAUCAUGUUCUUAGAUUGCUACUGGAAGAAGGAUUCGCAAUGCGAAGGAUGUUGUGAAACGCAGUCAGGAGGUUCAAGUGAAAGUGACUGUUUCGGGCCAGAAGUUGAGUCUUUCGAUGAGGGAUGUUGAAUCACAAUACUGGUGAAGACCUCUUCCGCUGAAAAGAGUGAGGAGCCGAAGGGACUAUGAAGGUCUUUCUGGAUUAGAAAUCAAUAAAGAAGAUGUUCCUGUUCCUGUUCACGUCACUGCCGACCCAUGAAAGAGGUUGAGUUCACCUGAGCUAUGGGAUGCUAAUCAGAUGGAGGCUGCAGGAGUAUUAAGUGUAAGGGAGAACCCCGUGUACGAUGAAGAAGGCGAAGGGUCUGUAUAUCGAGAGGGUGCUGAGGAAGAGCUUGAAAUCGAGCUAAAUGACGAUGAACCAGCCUCUUUUUAUUUUUUGCAAGGACAAAGCCGGUACUCUGUGGACAUGUCACCUGUUAAUUUCAAGAAUCCUGAAGGGCCUUUGAGUCGUGCAGCAGCCCUCCAGUCUGCUCUCGUAAUAGGAGCGGAGAGGAAGUGAGGGGACCAGCAGCACGAGACAUUGCUUGAUUCUAUUCCCAAAGUUCUCAACCGUCCAUGGGAAGACCCGAUGCCGGAGACAGGCGUGGAGCAUCUAGCACAAGAGCUCAGGGGUGUUGGUUUAUCGGCAUACGGACGCAUGCCUGAAUGGAAAAAGGAUGCUUUCGGAAAUCCCAUGGACGUUGGUCAGAGCAAAGCUUUCUAUCCAGACCAGAGAGAGAGCUUGCCUAUUGCCAAAUUGAAGCAUGAAUUGAUUCAGGCUGUGCGUGACAAUCAGGUUUUGGUUGUAAUCGGUUGAGGACAGGUUUCAGGGAAUAACAACUACAAGUCAACGCAAUACCUAGCUGAGGCCAGUACACUACAAGGGAAAGAUUGGUGCACUCAGCCUCGUAGGGUAGCUGCAAUGUCGGUGGCCCAAAGGGAUGCUGAAGUCGGCUGCCGAUUGGGUGAGGAGGUUGGGCUACGCCUUCGUUUUGAGGAUUACGGACCCGAAACCGUGAUUAAGUAUAUGACUGGUAUGCUUCUGAGAGAGAUUUGAUUGAUGAGAAUUUAUUCAAAGUAUGCAGUUGUAAUGCUUGAUGAAGCUCAUGAGAGGCAAUCCACACUUGAUGUGCUUUUUGGACUACUGAAGCAACAUGUUGAGAGGAGGCCUGAUCUUCGAUUGAUUGUCACUUCUGCAACAUUAGAUGCUGAGAAAUUUUCAGGGUAUUUCUUUAACUGCAAUAUUUUCACAAUUCACUGAAGAACUUAUCCCGUGGAGAUACUCUAUACCAAACAGCCAGAAAGUGACUACCUUGAUGCAUCUCUUAUCACUGUAAUGCAAAUCCACUUGACAGAACCCUGAGGGAUAUUGCUCCUCUUCUUAACUGGUCAAGAGAGGAUUGAUCAUGCAUGCCAGUGUCUUUAUGAGAGGAUGAAAGUAGGAAAAAAGGUUCCUGAAUUAGUUAUUUUACCGGUUACAGUGGCGGGGGGGGGCUUUCCAAGCGAAAUGCAAUCUAGGAUCUGACCUGCUCCUGCUGGAAAGAGGAAAGUGGUCGUGGACAAUAUUGCAGAAGCCUCUUUGACAAUUGACGGCAUAUUUUAUGUGAUUGACCCCGGUUUCGCGAAGCAAAAUAUUUACAAUCCGAAACAAGGGCUUGAUUCACUGGUUAUAACUCCCAUUUCACAAGCAUCAGCCAAACAGCGAGCUGGCAGAGCUGGGCGAACCGGCCCCGGAAAAUGUUAUCGCCUUUACACCGAAAGCGCUUUUCAUAACGAAAUGUCUCCUGCCUCUGUUCCAGAAAUACAAAGGAUUAAUCUUGGAAUGACUACUCUUACAAUGAAAGCAAUGGGGAUAAAUGAUCUCCUAUCAUUUGAUUUCAUGGACCCGCCUUCUCCCCAAGCUCUCAUUUCUGCCAUGGAACAGCUGUACAGUCUUGGAGCUCUGGACGAGGAGGGGCUUCUGACUAAAUUGGGUAGGAAAAUGGCGGAAUUUCCACUGGACCCACCGUUGUCUAAGAUGCUACUAGCCAGUGUAGAUCUUGGGUGUAGUGAUGAGAUUUUGACAAUCAUUGCGAUGAUUCAGACCGGAAACAUCUUCUACAGGCCGAGAGAGAAACAAGCCCAGGCGGAUCAAAAGAGAGCCAAGUUUUUCCAGCCUGAGGGAGAUCAUCUGACAUUACUUGCUGUGUACGAGGCUUGGAAGGCGAAUAACUUUUCGGGUCCGUGGUGUUUUGAGAAUUUUGUUCAGUCUCGUUCCUUGAGGAGGGCACAGGAUGUCCGUAAGCAGCUUCUCACCAUCAUGGACAGGUAUAAAUUGGAUGUCGUUUCUGCCGGGAAGAAUUUUACUACAGUUCGCAAGGCCAUAACUGCCGGGUUUUUCUUCCAUGCCGGAAGGAAGGAUCCUCAAGACGGUUAUAGAACUCUUGUUGAAAACCAACCAGUGUACAUACACCCUAGCAGUUCUGUGUUUCAGAGACAGCCAGACUGGGUCGUCUACAAUGAGCUAGUAAUGACUACGAAGGAGUACGUGCGAGAGGUGAUAGUUAUCGACCCCAAGUGGCUUGUGGAGCUAGCCCCAAGGUUCUUCAAAGCGGCGGAUCCCACAAAAAUGAGCAAGCGCAAGCGUCAAGAGUGGAUUGAACCACUUUAUGACAGAUACCAUGAACCCAACUCUUGGCGCUUGAGUAAAAGGCGUGCUUGAUUUUUUCAUUAUGGGUAUGAGUUGAAUUUCGACCCAAUAGACUUUUGUUCAAUUUUAGGAAAUCUUGUAAAUAUGAGCAAGUACUGGGGUUCUGCUACCGCGUUUCAUACAAUAGACUUACUCUUCCUAUUUUUUUU